AUUAGAGCUACGAUUUAUACGUUUUUGCAUUUAUUUGGCCCGCUUUCUUGACAACGAUUGUAAUUUCCAAGAUGACCACAAAUACAGUUCUAAUAAAUCGUGAGAAAAUCUUCAUUUUCAGUCUCUACAGGUUACUAUUUGGCUUCAUUUCUUCCUUUGGUCUAAAAGAUGAAGUUUGAAGUUCCGCUUGCUUUGUUUGGAUUGGUUUGCGUUUCCUUCACCGACAGCAAAAAUAAAGGCGGUGGAUUGAAAUCACGUCUUAGGAACCAAGGGACGUGUCGCUUGGAAGUGACGUGUGAUGACGGCAUAUCCCUCCCUCUCAAGCUCCCCUUAAGAGGUCCCCGAGGGCCCCCUGGUACCCCAGGACCCAAAGGGGACAGGGGCGAAAAAGGAGAUAGGGGUGAUCCAGGGGUGCCUGGCGAUUCAGGUAAUUCAACAUCUGUAACGAGAAGUCGUGCUCAGAGAGUGGCAUUUUUUGUUGGUCUUAACAGCAAUAUAAACGGCGUCCAAAAUGAUGAAGACGCCAAGUUUGAAAACGUCAUCACUAACGUUGGUGAUUGUUAUAACCCUGAAACUGGUCGAUUUAGGGUACCAGUUGACGGAGUGUACCAGUUUAAUAUUGCUGUAGCAGCUCAGGGAAGACGUAAGGCUGCAGUGGAUCUAGUGACGUCACUUCCGUCCCCUUUCUCUCGGAACUCCACACUCUAUCCCGAGCAGACUACACAGAAAGUGAAUUUGAUAGAAGUUCCCAGGGAACAGAUGAUUAUAAGAGUGUGGGCGGAGAGUAUACCACUGUGGUCCACAGCGACCAACACCGCCAUCUUGAGUCUGCGCCAAGGGCAGGAAGUAUGGCUGCGCAUACUGCAAACAGCAUCCUAUCUUCAUGGUUAUAUGUAUUCCUCCUUUUCGGGAACUAUUUUGUUUUCUGAUGAUUGAAUGAUCACCGUCCUUAGAUCUCGCAUAGUGUAGUCUGAAAGAGGUCUGAAAUGCUUCUGUCAAGAGAUACAGACGAACUGUUGCUGCUUUAAAAAAUUUCUGAAAAUACAAAUUAAAGUGUUGUUGAUAAUCAUAUUCAUUAACCACUGUGUUGAAAAAAGUUUAUUUUAGAAAUGCUUUUGUGAACAAAGUUGUUAAAAAUUAGUUUCUUCUUCAAGAGUGAGUAAAGAAAAGUAUGUUCAA